AUGUUAGUUAUUAACAAGGUGUCAACAUGGUUUGCAAAUGCUCGUCGACGGCUAAAGAAGGAAAACAAGAUGACCUGGUCACCACGUAAUCGACCAGGUGAAGAUGAUGAUGAUGAUCUUGGUGAUAUUGAUGCAUCAUCCGAGCAAAAUCACUCCGAUCGACCGUGUAGUAGUGCUUCCGAUGGUGAUAUCUCCGUUGUAAUCAAUGAUUCCAGUGAACAAGAUGCAUCCGGUGAUGUACACUCGAAAUCAGUCACACCACCAUCACCAUGUAAUCUACCACGAUCAUCAGCAUUAGCUGCAUCAACGACACCGAAAAAAAGGAAAAUUUGGUCGAUUGCAGAAACAUUAUCAACUAAUACAGGUGAAGGAAGUGGUGGUGGUUUUACCGGAUACGGAAGCAGUAAAGAUGAUCGUGAACGAGCAUCAACAUCAGCUGAGAGGAAAUCAUGGAGUGAUGGUCGUGAUUCGAUACCACCAUCAUCAGAUUCAGCUAUUACCAUUGCUAGUGGUCCAUCGAUGAUUAGCACCAUUCCACCACCACCACCACCGCCACCACCACCACCACCACCACCACCACCACCAUUGCUACCUCCUAGUGCUUCUUCUACAAUCACUGCUAUUAAUGGCCAAAUUCCUCAGCAUUUCCUGCAAUUUAAUCCAUGGCAACAACAACAGUUAGCUAUGGCUAUGGCUGCUCGAAUGCCAUUUCCAAGGCCUGAACUGUUAACAAUGAUAGCACAAGUAAGUCAAAUACGGCCACCUAUGCUUUUUAAUCCGAUGUUUAUGGGUUCCGUAAUACCACCAGGUGUACCACCACAAUCAAUACAUCAUUCGGUACCCGCUGUGCAUUUGCCAACACCACCCAGUACCUCACAAUCUAACGGACCGAUAUCACAAUGGCGAACACCAAAAUCUACAACAGUAAGUCCUAUUGCACCUGUAAUAAUAUCACCAUCAGCGAUUACACCAAUAUCAACAACAACAACAACAACAACAACAACAACAACAACAACAACAACAACAACAACAACAACAGCAGCAGCAGCAACAGUGAUAGCUAAUGAGAGAAUGAUAACGAUUGCAACGAGCAAUAAUAACAAUAACAACAACAACAAUAACAACAGUAACAAUAAUAGCAAUAAUAACCAUAGCAAUAUUGAUUGUGAUGAUGAAAAUUCACCGAAUGAUAAUAAACGAAAUAAGAGCAGCGAGAAAUCCUGGGAAAAUUCAUUUUAUUAA